UUUUGCAGAAAGCAGAAUGGCCUCCUCCUGCAAGGCUGACGAUGAAAGUACUUAUGGUUCUGAUGUCAGCAAUGAGUCAGACAGCGCUGAACCAUCAGAUGAGGAAGACAAUGAGGAAGACGAUGAGGAAGACAAUGAGGAAGAUGUUGUACCCUGCAAGUUUUACAACAAAGGAAACUGUAGGGACGGAGAAAGGUGUGCUUACCUACACGUUUGCAAGUAUGCUCUUAAAGGAAACUGUCGUUACGGCUCCAAAUGUAGACUAAACCACACUGUAAGUCAAGGUGUGCCCUCCAGUGCAAGCGGCAGGACUCCAGAUCGGUCAUCAUCUAGUCAUGACCAGAGGCUUACUGAUGGCCGAUGCUACCAGUGGCAGCUCAAUAACGGAAGAGGCUGGAAAGAUGUUGAAAAUGAUCACAUCCUUGAGGCCCAGUAUUCGCUGCCCCACACCAAAAGCAUCAAAAUAUACAACACAUCAUACGGGGCGGUGAGCAUAGACUUUAAAAGGAUGAAAGUUCUUGGGAAGAAAUUGAGAGUGAGACGCCUGGAUGACGGUAACACUGCGUGGAUUUGGUACUGCAUGUUGGGUCGUCGUUGGAUCAAGUAUGGAGCCAAGGAUUCAAAGGGUGUCUCCACUCCUGUGAAGAGCUCUGACAUAGAGGAAAAGUUUCAGAGAAAUCCAACAAGCUCCUUUACUUUUAACAUCAAUGGUGAAACUUUGGAGCUCAAAUUUAAAGAAAUGCAACAGGUGAGUAAAAACAGAAAGAGGAAAGUCACCCGUCGACCUACGUACCGGCAACCACAAGCAGUCAGGGGAGUUGCUCUAGCAACCUCAGGUUUCCAGAAUCUUAGCUUGGGCACUAAGCCACAGUGGGAAUUUGAAGGCGACAGUGGAAAAUGGCACAAGUUCAAACACAGGAAAAGGACUUCCACUGACUGCUCAGUAACCAGUGAUGACAUUGAGAGCAAGUACCAACAAAACAACAAAGGCACCAUGCCCUUCACAGUGGCAGGACAAUCCUACAAUCUUGACUUUGGAGCAAUGAUCCAAACCAACGUCAGGACCAAUCACACACGCAGGGUGAGACGUGUGCUGGUGUGAGCCAUCAAGAUGAUUUCCUGACCUCCAGAAGACUGUGCAGCAACGUAACCACGAUGCUGCCGCGUUCCUCUAACUUGAGAUUUAUAUGAGAUUUAUUUUUGGAUGGUUAACACAUCCUUUUUAUUGUUGAAUUUCAGAAUUUACCUCAUUGCAGGCCUUGUCAUGGGUGAAGUUUACAAGGACACUUUUAAAUGCUGCCUGACAAUCUUCCACUCCAAUAAUGCAUUCUACCAACUUGCCUUUUAGCAUCAUGGUUGUUUAAAUUAUUCAUCUUAUCAACUCAGGUCACAGUGAGCAUUUUUUUUCCACACUUCCAUAUGGGGAUGGAGGGGAAAAUUUGUUCUUAUAGCCAAUAAUUAAACAAAAGUAAGUGUAUAACAAACACUUUGAAUUCAUGGGAUAUGAUACAUUUGCCUUUUUUUUAAUGUAGAAAAAUUAGAUGUAACUGU